AACACGCGUUAUUUGCAUUUUGAAACCAGAUUUUGUGGCCAGAUGAGUAAAUAUUCAUACCCCCGAAAUUCUACGCAGUUUCGAAGAAAAAAUUCUUUACGAAAUCGGUAGAUGUACAAAUUUUUCGGCAAAAUAUGGUUCGUCGUUACUAGUGUCGCCGUCGAUGCGCUCAAUUAUGCCAAAUCUUGCCUGGUUUGGAAUGCCGUAAUGCCUUUAAAAUAAUAUGAAUGAAUGAAUACGUAUGUACGCACAGCACAAAUUUUGACAUUUAAAAAGUUCGAUGGAAACAGAAGCCGGUACAUCAAAAGAACAGGAUGGAAAUUCUGCAAACUCUAAUAUACUUGAUACGCUUGAACAAAAAAUUAUUGCAUUAGCACAGGUUAGACCUAAAGGUAUAUCUGAUAAAGAUUUAAUGGUUGAGAUGCCAGAUUUACAGCCCGCUCAGAGAGCUCAAAUUAUUAAUAAACUAUUGACUCAGGGACACUUUGAUUUAUUCAAACAAGGUGGUUCCCUUUUGUAUCGCUUAAAAGACCCUUCAAAAGCAAAAAUAGCUAAAGGUGCAGAUAACGAAGAAAAAAUUGUAUAUACAAUUAUUGAAGAAGCUGGGAAUAAAGGAAUAUGGAUUCGCGACAUAAGAUUUAAAUCCAAUCUAAUGCCGACGCAAUUAAAUAAGAUUUUAAAGAGCUUAGAAACUAAAAAGUUCAUUAAAGCUGUAAAGUCUGUGGCAGCAAGUAAAAAAAAAGUGUACAUGCUGUAUAAUUUAGAACCAGACACUUCUGUAACUGGCGGUGCAUGGUAUCAAGAUCAAGAUUUUGAAGCAGAAUUUGUUGAUGUUCUUAAUCAGCAGUGUUACAGAUUCUUGGAAAAGAAACGCGAGCAAAUGAAUUCUUGUAAGGGUGGACCGAUUGCAGCUAGAAAUGUUACGUUUGCUUCAUCCAAAGAAGUAAAGUUAUCAGUUGAAGAUUUGGAAAUGAUAUUAGACACUUUAGUUUACGAUGGGAAAGUAGAACGUACUCUUUCAGGAGAUGGAAGUAAUUUGUAUAGGGCUGUAGAACCUUUAUUAAAUUCACCUGGAUUGAUUAAAUCUGCUUGUGGUGUUUGCCCUGUAAGAUUUUAUAAAUUUUCUAUUCGUUUAAAUGCAAAUUCGAUCAAUUUACUGAGUAUUUAACGAUAUAAAAAUAUUUUAACGCAGGUGAGAAAAAAUUGCUGCGAAGUUGGCGAUGU